AUGGGUUCGCUGGUGGCCAAGCUCCUUCUGCCCACCAUCAGCACCUUGGUCUUCCUCCCCACCAUCAGCAUCGCAGCCAAGCGGCGCUUCCACAUGGAAGCCAUGGUCUACUUCUUCACCAUGUUCUUCGUGGCGAUUUACCAUGCAUGUGAUGGCCCUGGUUUAUCAGUGCUGUGCUUCAUGCGCUACGAUAUCCUGGAGUACUUCAGCAUCUAUGGAACAGCUCUGUCCAUCUGGGUGUCCCUGAUGGCCCUGGCAGAGUUCGAUGAGCCGAAGAGGUCAACCUUCGUCAUGUUCGGCGUCCUCACCAUUGCCGUGAGGAUCUACCACGACCGCUGGGGCUACGGCGUCUACUCGGGACCCAUCGGGACAGCUGUCCUGGUGAUAACCGUGAAAUGGCUACAAAAGAUGAAAGAGAAGAAAGGGCUCUAUCCAGACAAAAGCGUCUACACCCAACAGAUUGGUCCCGGCUUCUGUUUCGGGGCGUUAGCACUGAUGCUGAGGUUCUUCUUUGAGGAGUGGGAUUACACCUACGUGCACAGCUUCUACCACUGCGCCUUGGCCAUGGCCUUCGUGCUGCUGCUGCCCAAGGAGAACAAGAAGGCCGGGAGCGCCGGGACCCCCGCCAGGCUCGACUGCUCCACGCUCUGCUGCUGCGUCUGAGCCGCCCGGGCAAGCAGGGCACUCGCUUUUCUGCUCCUGGGGCGAUGGAGGGGUGCAGCCAAAAGCAAAACGCCUGCCCGCUGCAUUUUCCUCUGGGACACCGGCAUCUUUUCCCACCGGUGAUGUGCA